UGAUGCCCUCCAGCACAGUAGGUGGCGGAAGUACACAAUACGUUCGCUUUCCAACCGCCACAAAACUCAACGAAGAAGAAGACGAGCCUGACAAACAAACGGAGAACUAGGUUGAAAUAUCCUUUUUAAGACAGGUCUGUUUCUUUGAACCACACACAGAUCAAGAUUUACACCUUCAGUAAACCAAGUUUGAAAUAAAUACAGGAAUAGUUCCUAUUAUUCUACAAGUGAAGGAGCCACCUCAUCCAAAAGUAGACAUGGCACAAAGUGAUAAAUCAACUAUGACACAGCCCUGUUUAAAUAUAAUCGUAAAAGAGGAAAGUGAAGAUAUGAGCGUUACAGACCCAUGCGAAGAAAUAAAUGAAGACACCGAGGAACAAACAGACUGGGAGGAACUGGAAGAAACAUCAGCAUCAGGAACAUCAUAUAACUCCAUAUUUCCAGAAGAAUCUUCAGAAGGAAAGAAUCUUCAAAAGAAAAGCACGCACGAAAACGAAGACGGCAAACCUUUAACAUGCCCUCACUGUGGAAAGGGAUUUAGUAGAAAAGCAAACCUUACCUCGCACAUAAGAAUUCACACCGGGGAAAAUCUUUCCACCUGCCCUCAGUGUGACAAAAGUUUUACAAGCCCAGGAAAACUUCGAGAUCACAUAAAAAUUCACACCGGAGAGCGUGCAGCCACAUGUCUUGAGUGUGGAAAGAGUUUUAGAAGGAAAGCGAAACUUAUUGAACACAUGAGGACUCACACUGGAGAGCGCCCAUACCCGUGUCCUCAGUGUGGAAAGAGUUUCACGCAUAAAAGUUAUCUUCGAGUCCACAUAAGGAUCCACACCGGAGAGCGCCCGUACCAGUGUCCUCAGUGUGAUAAGAGUUUCACACAAAAAAGUAGUCUUGAUUUCCACGUGGCAAUUCACACUGGAGAGCGCCCGUACCAAUGUCCUCAGUGUGAACAGAAGUUACCAUGCAAAAGCUCACUCAGAAGUCACUUGAGACUUCACAGUGGAGAGCUCCUUUACCCAUGUCCCAAAGAGGUCAUCGGAUAGGUAUGAUUUAUUAUGCCAAAAUUCAUACGUGACUGGAUCUUUCGUGCAUUGACACUAAACUUACAAGUUGUCCCAAUCAUGAUCUGAGGGUACUUGCGCAGUUUCACAACCUUCUGGUCAAAAGAUAUAAAAACGGAUAUUUUUGGAUAUAACUUUUGACAACUUUGGUAUAUAAUCAUGAGGUGGUCUCUUUUAAAUCUUUAGGUCAAACAGUGCCCAGUGUGUUUUGGUCUGCUGUUUUGGGUGUCGGCCAUUUUGAUUUAUGUUGUUAAAUGCAUGCAUUGUACAAAUUCAAUUGUGUAUAACUUAUGUAAUAAUUGUGCAUGUUAGUAUGCUUAAAGUAGCGAGAUAGUAGUAACUGCAAAAGCGCAGAACCAUACGUCAUGAAAGUCUGAGGAUAAGCCUAAGGGGUUGUGCACACCAAAACUUUUAAACGCGGCUGAAACGCCUGGAGGACACUGAUUGCCAGCUGUUUUUUCAGCUGAGCGCUUUGGUUGCUGUGAUACUUGAGCUGUGAGCCGGUUGGUGGUUGUGAUACUUGUCCCGCCCCUCCUCCACUGUGAUUGGACGGCCGUGUGAGAACUGACACUGACGAGCGGAGCUUUUCACCCAAAGUUGAAUCUUUUUCAACUCUUGACGCUCAGCGCCGGUUUUCAGCUCGGAAAAAAACGCAAGCUGCUGACAUAUUUGAAAAACGCUGAGCUUCCAUUAGAAACAAUCGAAUACAUGUGCCGGUGUCAUGAGCAAUUCGGUCCCCCCUGGCAAUUCGGUCUCCCCUAGGACCCCGAUUGGUACCUAGCACUAAUGCCUGGUCAAAAAUGUGUCAUUCCGAUAUCUCGUCUGCGUUAGCGGUCUAGCAAGCUAAUUACGUUGUACAAAAUAGAAGCAUACAAAUGUUUUUAAAUAAAAGUUAACAAAAAAUAUAUAUAAUAAACUAAUAUUCAUGUUGCAGACACAUCAGUACUUUUGUGUCAUCAUCUGCUUUACAAAAACAAUACUUUUAUUUUUGUAAAUUAUUAACAUACCUUACGAAAUGUAUUUUUUUUAAUAGUAAAAGUGUAGUAAUCUUGGCUUAUAAGUUAUAAUUUUAAUGUGUAAUUCAGCUCACAUUAAACAAAAUCAUGUUCUUUAUAAGUAAUUUAUUAACUUUACACAGUACAAAAGUGAAAAGGGUACAGUAUAAUAAUCUAAAUAAUAAAAUGACACAAGCAAUGUGUAGAUCUCCCACCAUAGCCUCAUUUAUAUACUACUAUAUGAAACAUAUCAUUUAAAAGACGUUAUUUGUAAUUUUAACAACGUUCUUACUACAUAAAUCAUAACGCGAUUUUGUAGGAAUUGUAAUAAGGCGCUAAGAAAACUACCCAUGAGGAGUUUUUUCAGCCAAUGGAAUCACGCGGGGGUCCUAAGGGGGCAGAAUUGCCAGGGGGGACCGAAUUGCUCAUGACACCGGCCGCGGAUGUUAAAGCUUUGGUGUGCACGCCCCCUAACAGUCUGAGGGCGAAAGUGGAUGGAAUAGCAGUGUGUGCCCGCAUAGCUUAUUUAUUUAUUUUGUUUUUUAAUUUAUUUAUUUUCUUAGUUUGAAUUUUGUAUUUUUAAUUAUUUGUUUUUUAAUUGUAAUUAAAUGUAUUUAUUUGGAGCAGGUACAGCUAGUAUGUUAUCUUUUGCUAUUUAAGAGGUGAAAACAGUUUUUUCACUCCACUAUAGAAUUG